AGAUACUAAUCUCUGUUUUGUGAGGACAUUUUUUGUUUCAGUUGACGAUCGGAGUAUGACGUCAGAAGCGAUGUUUUUUUUUUGUUGAAUUUUUGGUCUGCCGAGUGGGGGCGUAACAAUUUAGCUGCAAAUGAUUCUCAAUUUUGGGAAAAGUCAUCCUUCUGAUUGCGAUCAAUAUUUAGUAUUUCCAGACAAGCCCAAUGUUGUUGAACCGCCUUUUAUGAACGGUAUCGCAUCAUGCUUGAAAUUGUCGCUAUUUAUUGAGUGCAGUCAGUCCGAUUGGUUGGUUAUACGCUACAUUAAGUUCAACAACAGUGCUUUAAGUCAACAUGAGCGAUAUGUCCCAUCAAGAGUCCGUCAAGCCCGGGGAUUCAGCAAGCCAGACUGGCAAGAGCAGCACAAGCAGUACCUCCAGAGCUAGAGUCAAAGCAAUGGUGAAGAGAGCGGCCUUGGCAGCCCAGGCAGCAGCUCUCAACGAACAACAAGCUCUUGAACUGGAGGAGUUUAAGCUGAAGCAGAGAAGGAGUAAGCUUGAGCUACAGACAAGACUCAGCAUGGCAAAAGCUGAGGAAGAGGUUUUCUCCCAGCAUGGAGAGAGCAUGACUGCUGCUGUAGAAGAUGUCUCCCAACAAAGAGGGGCCUUGACGACGGAGCCCAGCAUGGCUACAGAUUUAGAGAAGGCUGUCUACCAGCUGAGACAGCCUUCACAGGUGCAACCUAACAGGGCCAGCACUACAGACAAGGACUUCUCCCAGCGUGGAGAGAGCAUGACUGCUGCUGCAGAUAAAGAUGUCUCUCAACGAAGAGGGGCCUUGACGACGGAGCCCAGCAUGGCUACAGAUUUAGAGAAGGGUGUCUACCAGCUGAGACGGCCCUCAGAGUUGCAACCCAACAUGGUCAGCGCUACUGUAACAGACAAGGACUUCUCCCAGCAUGGAGAGCCCUUGAAGUAUGAUACCACCACUAAUCAGAGUGAAACCACAGAACAGAAUGGCUCCAUAUUAACUGGGUCAGAAGCAAGUUACGGAAUCGCCAUAGGGGCCGGUAUGCGAUGUGUAGGUCCAGUGCAUGUUCAGGCAGCAGAUGGAGAUAGAUGUGUUCUUACCUACGCUCUACUGGACUCUGGUUCGACCACUUCCUUCUGCACAGAGAGCCUAGUAAGGAAAGUGUCAUCACAGGGGGAAGAGCGCAUACUUUCCAUAUCAACCUUGGACAAUCCUGAUGGAGGGAUCCAGACUCAAGUUGUGAGUCGUAUGGUCGACACAGGUCUCAUGACAGAAAGAGUGAAGCUUCAGAAGGUUUCUACCAACAGGAAGACCGACUUACUGAGUGAUGACAUGGCCAGUAUGCGAGACUUAGAAGGAUGGCAGCACUUAGAGGGGCUGGAUCUACCAUUUGCCUGCGGACAAGAAGUGGGACUCCUGAUAGGGCAAGAUGCGCCAUUUGCUCUGAUGCCCUUAGAAGUUUGUAGAGGAAAGGGAGAAGAUGAGCUGUUUGCCAUACGUACUGUACUUGGAUGGUCUUUGCAUGGCCCUGCUGCUGCUAUUCCAGACAAUAAAGGAAUGAUGGUGAAGGACAGAAAGGCACUUGACAUACAGAAUGAAGGGAAGUGCAAAGAGAUGGAACAGUACCAGUUUCACAUACCCUUCAAGGAAAAACGACCUACAUGUAGCUUGACAGACAACCGAUGGGUAGCAGAAUAAAGGUUGCGGAGUCUCAGAAGGAAGCUAGGUAGAGAUCACGCUCUGCACUACAAGUACACUGAAGGUUAUGCCGAGGAGGUGGAAGAGCAAGAUUGUCAACCAGGUGAUGUAACAUGUCGAUACCUCCCUCAUCAUCCAGGUUUACGAUUUGGUACUGGUGGUCGACGAGCACUCACACCGCAACGUUUGGCCUUUGGGAAGAGUCCUUCAGACAUGGCCAGAAGAGAAAGGCUUCGAUCGACAGUGUGAAGUGAAGACCUGAACCAGCGUACUGCGGGGAGUCCAGUUACAAAGCUCUAUUUAAUUUGGAGGCAGAUUCUUGGAGACAUUUCUGUGUUUCUAAGAUGAGGGGUCAAGCCUAGCGCUGUCCCGUGCCAAUUGUAGAGGUAUUUGUGUUUUGUGUUCUUAAAACCAGAAAGCGGAACUGACAUCGAUCCUUUUUUGCGUAUUAGAGUGUCAUUGAUCAGUCAAGAAAUUAAGGAAUUUUUGUGCUUCAGCGUCAGGGACAAAGUGUCAACAUUUGAGCAACUUUCAGAGAAUUUUUAGAGACUUUUACAAGAAAUUUGAGGAAAGUUCAGCGUUUCAGAAGAAGUUCUAAGCAAGAAAAUAUGUUGCAAGACAAAGUUGAUAUUUAGUCAUAAGAGGAAAUACAUAUUAUUCUGAUCCUUUAAUAACUCAGAGAAUGUCAAAGAA